CCCUUUCCCCCCGUCCUCCAAUCCAAUUCAAUUCCGUAAACAGCUUCGCUUGUCUCGAUCUCUCCCUCUAUUGUUAUAUAUACAUCAGGCAGUUCGCACAGCUCCAGUCUCAGACGACCAUCGCUUCGAUCUUUAGCUAGGGUUGGGGCUCCGCAGAUUUACAGAGUGCCAUACGAAGGAAUUGGUUGAAGUUUUGUUUGGUGGUCUGCAGCUGUGAGUUUAUUGGCGUAUUCUGCCCUCUGUCGAGUUGACUGCGAAAGUUAUGGCUUCGGCUGUUAUGAAUAUGACCACAGCAGCGUUGGAUUGGGUGUCGGUGGCUUUUGAUGCCCCGCUUGCCCGAGCAGUUGUCUUUGGGGUGCAUAUAGAUGGGCACCUGGUUGUUGAAGUGCUACUUGUUGCGGUCAUACUGUUCCAGCUCACCAGAAAAAGCUAUAAGCCUCCCAAGAAGCCACUUACAGAGAAGGAAAUAGAUGAUCUUUGCGAAGAAUGGGUCCCAGAACCCCUUCAUCCAUCUAUUUCAGAGGAUAUGAAGGCUGAACCGCCAACACUGGAAAGUGCUGCUGGGCCCCAUACGAUAAUUGAUGGAAAGGAGGUUGUGAACUUUGCAUCAGCAAAUUAUCUUGGAUUAAUAGGCAAUGAGAAGAUUAUUGAUUCAUGUGUCAGUUCCUUAGAGAAAUAUGGUGUCGGCUCUUGUGGUCCUCGUGGCUUCUAUGGAACAAUUGAUGUCCACCUCGAUUGUGAGGAGAGAAUUGCAAAGUUCAUGGGUACCCCAGAUUCGAUCCUCUACUCUUAUGGAAUCUCAACCAUUUUCAGUGUCAUUCCAGCAUUUUGCAAGAAAGGAGAUAUCAUUGUUGCAGAUGAGGGUGUUCACUGGGGAGUGCAAAAUGGGCUUCAUCUCUCAAGAAGUACCGUUGUUUAUUUCAAACACAAUGACAUGAAAUCACUAGAGAACACUUUGGAGAAAUUGACUCGGGGAAAUAAGCAAGCUGAGAAGAUACGGCGUUAUAUUGUUGUCGAGGCUGUAUACCAGAAUUCUGGUCAAAUAGCCCCAUUGGAUGAGAUUGUCCAGCUAAAGGAGAAAUACCAUUUUCGGGUGAUAUUGGAUGAAAGUCAUUCAUUUGGUGUACUUGGAAACUCUGGACGAGGUCUUGCUGAAUACUAUGGAGUUCCUGUUGAGAAAAUUGAUAUAAUAACUGCUGGUAUGGGUAAUGCAUUGGCAACUGAUGGGGGUUUCUGCACUGGAAGUGUCAGAGUUGUUGAUCACCAACGUCUGAGCAGCUCUGGAUAUGUGUUCUCUGCAUCUUUGCCUCCUUUUCUUGCAAGUGCUGCUGUUUCUGCAGUAAAUUACUUGGAGGGUAAUCCCUCUGUUCUUACAUCACUGAGGAGUAACAUUGCUCUAUUAUGGAAAGGAUUGUCAGAUGUACCAGGAUUGACAAUUGGGAGCCAUCCAUUAUCGCCCAUUGUCUUCCUUAAACUGAAGAAGUCAACAGGUUCCUCCAAGGGUGACUUGGAACUUCUCAACAAUAUUGCUGAUAGGAUGCUGAAGGAGGAUUCUGUUUUUAUUGUGAGCACAAAAAGGUCUGUUCUGGAUAAGUGCCGCCUUCCAGUUGGUAUUCGCUUGUUUGUUUCAGCAGGCCACUCAGAAUCUGACAUUCGGAAAGUAUCAGACUCAUUGAGGAGAGUUGCAACAACGACUCUGGCCGAGCAUCUUUGAGUUUACCUCACUGCAAAACCCCAAGUAACUGUUUGAUUUGUCCAUUUUACAUUCCUGUAUCCUAUUUUAGUCAUUUCAUGGAAAAGGUCAAAGAAAAGAGAAAAGAAGAGCGGAGAAUCGCAGGGUUUCAAGAUGACUGUCAGAUUAAUAGUUUAUUGUUCUUCAACCAAAUUUUAGACUUGAUUGAUUGUCCUUCUGUGUAGAUCAAGAAAGGUACAAAUCUGUUGAUUUUUGUUGUCUUAUUGAAGUAAUUUCCUUGUAAUUCGAUGGAUGGGAAUAAAAUAAAUGCCAAUUCUUCUCGAUUA